AUAUUGCAGCAUUCUUUGACCACGCCACAGUAUGUAACACCUCUGUUUUCUUAGGUCUCGUUUCUUUCGUUCAAAUUAUGCAUUGUGAAUGUAGGCUAGUGUGUAUCUGCUGAAGCUGUUCAGAUGGAUGAAGCGCCCAAUCUCUCCCGCCAUGCUAAUGAAGCCCUGUGAUUGGGAUUUCCGUCUCCGUACAGCGUUGAAAAUGUCAGAACGACACCGAGGGCUUUGCUCAUUUUUCAUAGAAGUCGUCGUUCUUUUCCGAUAGGUUGAUAAUGCAUAUUACCCUCAAACCUUGGCUAUAGUUAGUUACAAUGAAUAACGAUAAGCUAGCUGUUUCGUUUGAAGGACCCUCUGGACAGAUGAAAAAUUACCAACAAAGGUAGGCUCCAUGGUAACUCGGCAACGGUAUAUUAUCAAUAUCGUUGAGUAGGCUUGCGUAAGUCUUUUUCCUAUCCAGAAAAUGUUUGAAGGCUAUGAUCAUGUAUGUCUCUUGUUAUCAGGCCUAUUACUUUUGAUUCAAGUAGCAUAAUAAUUUAUACGAAAUGUGGGCCAUAUGUAUGUUGAAUAUAAUAAGAAUGAAACUUUGCAUCAUUCAUCUUUGAAAAACCAUGGCCGUGUAUUUAAACUGUCUGGUUGACUACUAAACACCUAAACUGUUACUUUGACUGAUUUUUGUCCUAGAUGCAUGUAGCAUAAAUGUAUCGAUUUGUUAGUGUUGCUUGACUGUGUGCGGGGAUAUCAGUCACAAGAUGGCAGCGCCAUCAGAAAAAUCUGGGGAGUGGAGUUGACCAUGUAACCUGGCUGUGAGGUUUCACCCUGUUGGUUGAGCUUAAUGGCGUUCGUGGCGUUUUUUGUAACAGUGGCUUUUGUUUGUAGUUUUAUGUUUUAUAAAUAUAUCUGGAUAGUGUGUACAGUUUCUAUCGUUUUCAGUACUCAUAGUUCAUUAUAGACUAAUAUGUCGUAGGCUUUGGGUUUCAAAUAUAUAUGUAACCUACUGUCUAGUAUUGCAUAAAAACCGAACAGACCGUAUGAGGCCUGCUACUAAUCAUGUAUCAUUUGAGUGAGUGGUAUGUGUUAUUAUUUGUCAUUGUCAGAAGAAGAAUAUUGACUUUUUGCAUUAACAGAUUUACGUGCAAAAAAAAAGAAUGACAAAUUAAUACGAUUUCGUUAGCCUAUUGCUUUCUGUUGAAUAAAUCUCUGCUGAAUGCAAAGUUAAAACAAUCUCCAUUUGGUCAAAUUAUCUCCGAAAUCGAUGUCUAAUAGGUAUUCAUGAUGACACACAAUGAUUGUGGACUACUUAAAUGCCUAUUUAAGACAAUGAGGUCUACAUUAUAUUAAGAUGAACUGGAAAGCUUAGUAAUAUCAUAUCCAUUCUUAAUUCGGAUAUUCUCAUAUUACUAAAACUCCUUUUGGUAUUAGGUUUAGAGAGAGAAAUAUUGUUCCUUGCUCUAAAUGUCUUCCUGUUUUCUUGUCGAGCUUCUCAUUUCUAACUCUGCGAUACCAUCUAGCGACUACAGAGGGUACUACUGUGUGUGUGUGUGUGAUGGAGAGAGAGGGUGACGGAGAAUGUGUGUGUGAGAGAGAGUGUGAUGGAGAGAGAGAGAGGGUGAGGGAGAGUGUGUGUGGGUGAGAGGGAGAGAGAGUGGGUCUGUGCUUUGAAACUGCGGUUGAUUGUUAGUACCAGCUGGAAGACUUGAGAGUGUAGGGGGUGCCAGCAACUUGUGAUACUGCAGUGAAUGCAGGGGUUGUAAACUGGGGAAUGCAGUGGCUGGAUUGUUGGUGUGUCUGCAGUGGGCUUGAUAUACAACCUACCCUGGGAACCUGGGUGUUUGGGACCUCUCUGAUUUUCUUUUUGUUUCUGCCUUUUCAUCUCAAUCAAUUGACCGUAUUACGCGUCUGCGCUGCCUAGCUGCAUUGCAGUUGGGGGUAGUUUGUGCCCUUCCUCAAUACCACUAAGCCGCCCAAUACAACUGUUUCCUUUUCUCUAAAUUGCAUUUCGUUUGUAUAUUUAAUGUUAAGCACAUAUAUUUCGUGUUUGUGCAGUGUUGAUUAAUGCAGAAUUGAAAGACGCAAUCAGACAAGAAAUGUUUCCAGUGUGAGAUUGUGUUUUACAUGAUCCAGUCUGGACAUCAUGAGGUCCAAAAUGUGGAUAGUAUAACUCCGCCAUUCAAAAAGGUCAGCUGCAUAGGUCAGGUUUUGUAAGACCCAGAUUUGUGGCUGCUGUCUUCGUAUUUAUGUAUGCCGAAAUUCGUCACUGAGAAACACAAGAAAGGUCACAAACAAUGGCAAAUGCAUUCAUUAUAUUUGGUAAAAAUUCAUUUUAUGUAUUCUUCAUAAAAGACCAGCAGAGAUCAAAAACACAUUUUCAAAUACUUAAUUUAUAUAACGAAAUUCUCACUCGCAGCAGGGGGCAAUAUUUUAUAUAUUUUUCAUAUUAACGCUCUAUGAUCAAUUUCCCAUUAUUACGCAAUCUGUGCGCCUGCUAAACAAAGACAUCGGCGGAAUCUGUCUGCUUGUGGAAAAAAAAUCUUCUUGCUUAAGACUAAUAUAGUCAUUAAGCAUGUACAUACAUAUAGUAACUAUUUUACAGUAUAAUCCGAAAUUACCGUUCCUUUAUCUUAAAAAAGAGCAGGCUCUGCUUUCAUAAUUGAAAACAGUACACUAUAGGCAAAAUGUGCAUAUGAAUUCUGCAGCAUCUCCAGCACAACUGUUGCUGACAUAAAUCUAUAUUAUUACAAAACUGUCAAUAUCUUCAAGCAUUUAAUUUGUCUUGGAUACUCACAACCUGGUCAUCAUAGGCGAUCUGAGGGAAUACCACUGCUGUGUGAAUUAACGAAGUUUGAGGAAAGUGGAUGAUAAACAAUCUGCAGUUUGACAUUGUCAAUUUUCUUUAGGAUCCAGUUGCCGGCCUUUUGGUAUUGGCAGAUCGGAUCCGGUAAUCCAGGGUAACUCCAAUUUUUGGUGCUGAAAGUUAGAGAAUACAAUCAUACACUUGCAGUAAAGUUCGCAUUUUGUGACAAUAGCCUACACCCCGAAAGGGCCAGAACCAGAUAUGGAUUGAAUGAGUAUUAGGAGUAGGCUAUUUAUAGGAUUGCUAUAAAUCUGACGCCAGGAAUAAUUACUGAUGCUAAAGUACUUUCUUGUUUGCAUUUACCAGACCGGCUUCAACUGCUGAUGAAGCGGUAUGCAAUAUGUGCUGUAUAUGUUUAUCAGUUGUAACAGCAGGACUUUACUACAAUUGUAUUUUAAAACCGAAAUGGGAUUUGUUUCCUCGCAACUGGCGAACAUGUAAGGUGCUUUAAUGUUUUUUUUUAAAGUCCGUGUCGGUAGAGCAAUUCAGUGGUGUACCUGGUGAGAAGUGAACAUCACCCUAAUCCUUUGGGAAACAAGCGAAGACCAGACAUCGUUUGGUAUUUUCAUACCCUGCAAUCAUGAGACUACAGCGUGUAAAGGUCAAACCUGUGUGCGCGCGUGCACGCGCCUGACUGGAUGCGUCAGUAGGUUAUGUGUAGGUUGGACAUUUAUGCGACUGGGGUACCGUGUGCCUCUUAAGAAAAGAUAAUAUUUUGACAUUUUAAUGCGAUCAUGACAUUUUCUUGGCCUCUUCAUUUCCCCCAUGUUUAUUCUUGUCAAUAAACAUAACCUCUGUCAAAUGCAACAAAUAUCUCCAAAAAUAUUGACGUUCCAUUGGGCUCCUUAGGAAUAUGAAUACUUAUAUAAACUAAAAUAUAGCCUAUACAGAUCUUGUCAUUUUCACCAAUCUACCUUUGUAUACAGAUAUUUCUGGUCUCAACGAAACGGAUAACUGCGCUCUUGAAAAAACUGUAAGAUCAGGUGAAUUAUAAACUGUGUACUCAUUUAAAAUGUGAAACGGAGGGAAAGUCUUGAGCGCUCUGAUAUGCUCUGGGGAUUUCGACCCAUGGAAAAAGAGACUCCCCCUGGGUGCUGUUGUGUUACCACAAACGCUCGCCAUUGGUUAGCCACUGAUCAGAUGGUACAGUUGCUCUCGGUCCCACAUUGGCACCUCGCCACCCCCCUUCGGCUAAAACCAAAUCUCCGAUAAAGUAAUGGCAAAACCACUUGGACUAUAAAACACAACAAAUCAUAACACUCGGACAAUAGGCCUGGCUGUCCAAUGAGUUCGUAUUUUGUAAACUCAACUUUCCCCGUGUCUCUCCCGGGAGGACAGGACUCCUUCUUGGGUCAGAUACCGCUAUAUUCCUCCGGAUAUACCGACCCUUUAAGACAGUAUCCCAGCGGCACAUACGGAGCUUCCAAUGUCCAAGACAAGGUUUACCCAGCUUCCUAUUACCAGCAAGGUACGGGAGUUUACGGUCGGACUGCAACCGGGGCCACCGACUACACAAGUAGUUUUUACCGAGACGCUGAGCGCUCGUGUCCGCUCGGGGGACUGGAUGAGCACCCGCUUGUGUUAACCCAGGACCAGUGCAAAACCGACUGCUCGGAACAAAACACAGACAGAUACCCAGGCAGUGAUGACAAGUUGUGCUCUCCAGUUUACCCCUGGAUGCAACGAAUGAACUCUUGUAAUGGUAAGUAAAAACCUUGCCUGUCUCUGAACAGCAGAUCAUAAUUUUGAGCAUGUUAUGGUCGUGAACCGAAUUGUGGUUUAGCAAAUAAACAUCUCCAAUGUUUAGGAAGAAUUACUUAGGGUCUAUCGCUAAUCAUAACUUAAAUAUUAAGGAAACAACUGUCCUUAACUGGACAAUAUUGUUGGCAUCUUGAACA